UUUCUGUCUCAUACUUUUUCAGAACAUGCCAUUUUGCCCUUGGGACCAGAGCCAACCAUUGUUUCAUGUCCAGCAUGUCAUGUCACGAAACUAACACGCAUCGACUAUGAACCAAGCGCCAGGACACAUUUAAUGGCAGCAAUACUUUGCAUAGUGGGCUUAUGGUGCUGCGUCUGUUUGCCCUACUGUGCAGAGAGUUGCAUGAGUACGAACCAUUAUUGCGGUAAUUGCAAUAAAUUCCUGGGCACCUACAAUGGCGGCGGAUUCUAAUGGAUUGUGAAGCGGGCAGAAAGCAGCGGUUGACCUUCAAACACUCGCCAGCAUUAUUCUUUUAUUGUCGCUUACAUUUUUUAUAAAACCAGUAGUUAAUCAAUGAAUCUUAAAUUUUUUCAUAUUUAAGUACUAUGUAAAAUAUAUUGCGAUAGCACGAAGGUAUUGCAUGCGCAGGAACAGAAGCACUAUGUACAUAUGUAUAUGCACACAAAGCCACACAUGCAUAUGCCUAACUGUUUACAAGUGUUAAUGCACGAUUAUUUAAUGAUUGAUAAAAGCUUUAAAUAAACUUACAUAAUAAAUACUUAUGUACCUCUACACAAUAAAGUAUAUUUUUCAAAAUA